AUGGAAAUUGCUGAUCUGUUCCGGUCACAGUUCAGCAGUGUUUUCGUGAACGAACUUUUAUCUAGAGACCAUAUCUCAGCCGCCGCGCGUCAGGUCCCUAUGCAUCGUGCUAUAAGACCGCAUCCGUCAAUCUCAGGUGAAGACGUACGAAAAGCUAGCCUACGUCUCAAAAACUCUAUCUCCGAUGGACCAGAUGGAAUACCUUCGCUCGUCAUUAAGAAAUGCAUUGUUGUUCUGUUCGCACCAUUAGCAACCAUCUUCAACAUAUCGUUGAAUUCUGGAAUUUUUCCCGAGAUCUGGAAGUUCUCGUUCGUUUUUCCAAUCUUCAAGAAGGGCGAUAAACAGUCGGUUUCGAACUAUCGCGGCAUCGCUGCAUUAUGUGCAGCUUCCAAACUAUUUGAACUGUUGGUGCUGGAUUACCUUAAGUACAAUUGUUCCAGCUACAUUGCCUCCGAACAGCAUGGCGUUGGAAAUUUAUUCUGCUUGUGGUGCCGUUCGUUGCGAAAUCAAAACAAGGAUCUGGACGGAAACAACGAUUUUGAAGAAAUAAACGCCGAGUUUAUCGAGAGCGAAUACGAUACUGACAAAGAUGAAGAUAAAUCUCGCUGGGGAGCAAGUAAAACAAGCGGAGAUGAAAUAUUCGUCAGAGUUUUGAAACUUUAUGGAAAGGUUCUUUUGGAGAAAAGUCAAGUUCCUGAAGUGAAACGUAAAAAGAAAACUGCGCUAAAGUGGUAG